AUGGGUUGGGGCCUGGGCUGUACUUCUCUCAGGCAGAGAUUGGGGCAGCCCCAGAGAGGGCCUUCUGGGGCCUUCCCGCCUUUGAACUGCGGUGGCGGGCGGGCGAGCAGCCUGCUGCACCCCUCAGAGUAGGGGCCGCCAUCACCAUGGCCACCGCUGCGAGUCGGCCCUGCGCCGGGCGAUCGCGGGACAUUCUGUGGCGCGUUUUGGGCUGGAGGAUAGUUUCAAGUAUUGUUUGGUCAGUGCUGCUUCUACCCAUCUGUAUGACAGUAUUUAUAAUCUUCAGCAGCAUUGAUCUAUUUCAUCCUAUACAGUGGCUGUCAGAUUCUUUCAAUGACUUGUAUAGUUCCUAUGUAAUCUUCUACCUCCUGCUGCUGUCAGUGGUAAUAGUAAUAAUAAGUAUUUUCAAUGUGGAAUUCUAUGCAGUCGUGCCUUCUAUUCCCUGCUCUAGACUGGCGCUCAUCGGGAAGAUUAUUCAUCCUCAGCAGCUCAUGCACUCAUUUAUUCAUGCUGCGAUGGGAAUGAUGAUGGCUUGGUGUGCUGCAGUGAUAACCAAGGGGCGGUACAGUUUGCUCGUGGUUCCUUGCACUGGCACUGAGAGAUAGCCCUACUGCACCAACCUGCUUAAAUGAAUACCACCUCUUCUUCUUACUGGCUGGAGCAUUUA